AUGUCAAAUGAAGAGCCUCCACCAAAACGACAACGAAAAGAUUCAGGGUCCCAUAACGAUGACCAUGUAGCAUCCAAUGACUCAGAAGCAUACAUCGAUACCAUCAAUCGCAACAAAAUUGACUUUGAUUUCGAAAAAUUAUGCCUGGUAUCGCUUUCUAAAUCCAAUGUUUACUGUUGUUUAGUAUGUGGAAAAUACUUCCAAGGCCGUUCUGUAUCUUCUCCAGCCUACAACCACUCGAUAGAAUGGAAUCACCACGUGUUCAUGAAUUUGCAAACCCACAAGACAUAUAUUCUUCCUGAAGAUUAUCAGGUCACCUCACCAAAAGCAUUAAAACACCUUCAAGAUAUCAUUUAUCUUUUGAAUCCCACAUAUUCACAACAAGAUGUUGCUCGACUAGACACGGAACCUUCUGCUUAUGACUUGACCCAUAAACCGUAUUUUGUUGGUUACAUUGGUCUCAACAAGAUCUCCAAAAAUGACUACUCUAAUGUUAUAGUUCAAGCACUUGCACAUAUACAGCCCAUUCGAGACUUUCUCCUCCUACUUCCUAACGAUUCUUUAUACGAAGUUCUCGAGCACAAGUACCCUCUUGUAUCAAUGUUUGGACUCAUGGUGAGAAAGAUUUGGUCUCGUCAUUUAUUUAAACCCCAUGUCUCACCCCACGAAUUUCUUCAACUCGUGUCUUUGAUGUCCAAAAAGAGCUUUAGCAUCACUCACCAAAGCUCACCCAAGCACUUCAUGGUGUGGUUUCUCAACCAGCUCCACUCCCAAUUGACGAGGGCCAUAGGAAAGAAGCGAACCAUUUUGUCAAAAACACUACAAGGAGAAAUAAUAGUUACAACAAUUCCAGUUGUUCAGAAACAAGCCUCGGAUAGCACCGUUCAAUUCGAACGCCAAGAGAGCAUGAAAAAGAUCUCCAUCCUGAAAUUCUGGCACUUGUCAUUGUCUUUAGGACCAGCCUCGGCUCUCAAAAUACAAGAUACCAACGAUACCGUUCCACAAGUUAGCAUUGAGCUGCUACUACUGAAGUAUGAUGGAACUACAACCUCCCAAGCAUCGGCAUCGGAAUUACGAACCUACAAACUCAAAUAUCCUGGUCCUCCUUUUCUUAUAAUGCACAUUGAUCGCAACUUGGAGGAAGGAAAUAUACGUGGAAACCCAACUGUGGUCAAGUUUCCAAUGGUAUUGGACAUGGCACCAUAUAUUGAGGGCGAAAUUGGACCUCAGAAAUACCAACUAGUGUCGAGCAUCAAGCAUCAUUAUGUUGCUGGUGACACCAUUGAUCACAAGCACGACAAACAGCAGUGGUCAAUAUCGCUUCUUGCAGAUAGCCACAAGUCUGAAUGGGUACAUAUCCAAGAUCUUGACGUUACAAAAGUCGACGGUGAGUUUCUCUUUCUAGAUGAGACGUAUAUUCAGGUAUGGAAGCGGAUGGAAUCAAGUCAUGUCUUAGGUGACUAA